GUGGGGAAAUCCCCCGACAGCGAGAUGGAGGUUGUUGGAUAAAUCCAAUCCACGGCAAUCAAAAGUUUCAGACGAUUUAAAGAAAGCGGAUAUAGCACACCUCACAGUGACUCUUAAGGCAGCGGGCAGGGCAGGGAUAGUGAUACCCAGCUGAAAAGCAUUGUAGCCGAAGAAAAGAGGCUUUGUUCACACGGGCCAAAUAGUGACAGAAUCACAUGAUCUAUUCCUGGUCGGGAGAGACGUAACACUUAACGCUGAGCUGCUCAGUCAGGAUGAUUGAAUUUGAGGAGUGACAUCGUUGAAAAACUCAUUAAACUCAUGUCUCAGAAUAAAGGAGAUAACAGUUAAUAUAUAUCAUUUUGAGGGACACUAAGUGAUAUGAAAUGUUUUAUGUUUUUUUGGACAGAAUUCAGGUAGAAUGCAUGUGCAGGACAUUUAUGUGAAAGCAUAAAAUGUCAGUAAUUCCCCAUUUUAGGCUUAACAAAUCAGCUAGUUCAUUCUUCUGGUUCUUUCUGAAUAUCAUCAUGAAAAUAAAAAACGCAGACGCCAUACAUCUAUAUUUAAAAUAAUGAGAGUUUCAGUGCUUUAAUAUUACUGUGGUGGUCAAUAAUAGAAGUAAAAGGAAAACCCAAUAAACGUCUAAAAUAUUAGUUUUCCUUUACAAUUUGAGUUUGAUGGUGCUACAGCCUGGCUGGUGCUGCUUUUUUUUUACAGCCUCCCUAUAGAAGCCAUAUAUAUUCUGUUCCCUUGUAAUUCAGCGUGCUACACAUCCUUUCCCAUGAGAUGAAUGGGUCUUGUUACUGGUCACUGUGCAUCUAUGCUGGCAGCAUCAGGGAACAGGAGGGGAGGGGAGGGAGGGGGUUGAAGCUGUCCUGCAUCAAUGAGCCUGUUGAUCAGAAAAGACCACUGGACUGGUAAUGACACAGUUCACUGGUCAGUCCAGGAGGAAUUAAACCUCAGCUUUCACCUCCUCGUUCCUAUUUAAGCAGGACGCUCGCCCCGAUCUUCAGUCUACCUCAGAUACCUACACCUGUCUGGACUCAUCGGGCUGCUCCGACCCUACGAUGACUUGGACUGCUGCUCUCCUGGUGGUUGUUGUUUCACAUGUUAAUUCAGGUGAGGGUCCUGCUCCAGUCUCAGAUGAAAAAUACUAAAUUGUUGUGUGUACGUUUAUUAAAUUUAAGUUCAUUUAAAAAAGGAGUCAAGAAAAUUGAUGCUUGUCAACAUUUUGCUGUUUUUGUGUUCCAGAAGACUACUGUUACGAUGAGCCACACUGCGGUAAGAAGCUUUUUAAUUUCAAAACAUACAGACAGCAACUUAAGGAGUAUGAUGUGUUAUUAAAAUGUGAGCAUCCUUGUAAAUGAAUAUUAGCACCAUCUUCCCACUUGUUGGAGAAUAAUUGAGCAGCCAAUGGGAGACAUUAUUCAGCUGAAACAGAUCGUGAUCAAAGUAAAAUUCUGAUUUUGUAAUUGAUUUUCAAACGGUGGAGCCCCUCAUUAGAGGCUGAAUGUCUUUGAGUGGUGAGUGACUUUUAAAAGCAAACGUGUUAGAGUAAUUAUUUAAGGCCUUGAGAGGCUGAACUAUUGAGUGUUUCAUAAGAAAAAAAAGCCAAGAUCAGAGAAAAGAAACAGUAAAAGAAGCAAAAUAUGAGCAUCAAAACAUCUUCCUGAUGUUCUGAGCAUGUUUGCCCACUCUUCACCUUGAAAACAGUAGUCAACAAAACAAGAAGGAAAAAAUAAAACAUUUGAAUGCUCAAAUGAACAUCAUCAUUUCAUGAAAACUGGACAACAUGAAAAUGCUGGGACUGAGAACAGCUACCAAAUGGACUUUGUGGUGAGAUUGUUUGGUUAGCAACUGUUUCCAAGCUCAAAAAUGAACUUUGUGUCUGGACUCUUAAUCUAACAUUGGCGAUAAGCCUGUAAUUUGAUAACAACAGGUACAAAAAUGUUCUGUGGAGGAUUCAGCUGUUCCCAAGGUCAAGAAUGAUCUUCCAGAUUCAGUAUUUUUCUUCCUUUUGCAAGAAUACCCUUAGAGCAUUUACUGUGAGACUCCACUGGGAAGUUCUUACCCCCAGGUUGACAACCAACAAUGUAGAUAACAUGUCUUCUGUUCUGUCUUUCACUGGUGCUUAUGUGGUUCCUCUGCAAUCCUCAGAUGCUUAUGCGUGGGGGGACAUGUUCCCGUCUUGUCACCCCUUGCUUGAACAGCAUCACUCUCCCAUCAAUCUGGACCACCAGGUGACCAGAAACGAGUCUCUGGGAUCUUUACAUCUGGAGGGCUUCGAUGCAAUCCAAACGGGCCACUGGACACUUCAAAACGACGGACACUCUGUCGUGCUGCAGGUUGGCAGUGGCAUGUCAGUGAGCGGUGGAGGUCUUCCAGAUGUGUACCACACCAUCCAGCUUCACUUCCACUGGGGAGGCCUGUCCACCAAUGGCUCAGAGCACACGGUGGACAGACGCAGAUACCCGAUGGAGAUGCACAUAGUCAACAUGAAGUCCAUCCAUCCAAAUCUGACAGCAGCAUUAGAUGAUCCAACCGGACUUGCCGUCCUUGGAUUCUUCAUUGAUGUUGUUUAUGCAGACAACGUGCACUUUGGGCACAUAUCACAAAAGCUGUCCUCUGUUGCUUACAAAGGUCAAACUACUAAAGUGAAGCCAUUUCCUCUAAUGAGCCUGCUGCCGAAGCACAACAUGAGUCAGUAUUAUCGUUAUUACGGCAGCCUCACCACCCCUCCAUGUUCUCAAGCGGUUGUAUGGACUCUGUAUGAAGUCCCCAUCUACAUCUCAUGGUCCCAACUGGCUCAGUUCACCUCACAGAUCUUCUCCAUGGAGGAGGAUGCAGAGCAGGUCACACCUCUGCAGAACAACUUCAGACACAUCCAUCCCACCUUCAGUCGCGUCGUCUCUGGGUCCAAAGACGCCAAACUCCUCACAGGGACGGCCGGUCGUCCCCUCAGGUCAGCUGUGUCACUGCAUCUGCUUCAAAUCAUUUUGCUGGGAGGUUUCAUCUCUGGACGUUAGCGUGAAUCCAAAUCAGGAAACAGCAGGAAGCACAGAUGAAUGUAUGUUUUUACAUGAUGUUUUGGGGUCAGAGACGUUUCUUAUUUUAACCCGAAGUACAGUGUAGAGUUUCUCAUCAGUAGAAAUGCAAAGAAUUAAAAAACUGUGAAGAAGAGUACUGUAAAACACUUGAUUGUUACUAAAUGUCUCAUUAUUGUGCCCUGCUGUCUCUGCAGGAUUAACUUUAUUAAUGCAUUCAAGAAUCUGUUAAAAAAAAAUACACUUCCCUCUUUACUAACAAUUUACUAUAAUGUGAACUGAACUUACUGUGAACUGAACGGUAGCACUGAAAUGUGUUUUUUUUUUUUUUUAAAUGAUGGCAGCCAUGUUGUACAUUUAUGACUGUAGACAGCUCAUUCUUGUAAAGGCACAGUCCAAACAUACAUGCAUUUGGCUCCGGGUCAGAGAUUGUUUGAAACUCCACAAAUAUUGAAAUUUAAGAGUGAUUACAGUAAGAGAAAAAAAGAUAAAAUUAGUGAAAAAAAUGGCAACAAGACCGAGUCAUAGACAUGCAAAUUUAUGCAAAGUAAGUGUAACAUGUUCAUAAUCUUGGUUCAGCGUGUUAGCAUGGAGCAUUGUUCACUAAACACUUUAUCUUAAGAUUACGACUUAAUUGUCACCUUGAGAAAACGAGCUUAUGCUAAUGAGAAUUCUCUUGGCUGUCAUCUUACUUACUCUGAGGAAAACGUUCUCACAGCAAAGUGUGAAAGUUUGUAAAAAGUUUCAUAUAGUUUGCUUUGCAACUCCCAAAGCCACCUCACAGAAUAGUGUGUGUGUGUGUGUGUGUGUGAGGUCCACUCUUACAAAUCUUAUAAAGUUGUUUUCUGCCCUUCUAGAUAAACCAGCAGUUUGUUUUCUCUUGUUAAGGGGAUAAAUUAUCUUGACGUAAUUUAUUGUAAGCGUGACCGUUCUCAGCUCUUGCCGCUCAGAUCUCAGAGUGUGGCAGACAUCAGCUCAUCAUGUAGCGUCUUGUGAGCAGGAAUAUGAAUAGAAGAAGAAGAACCGAAAGUUAUCAUAACCCCAAACAAGCCAGCACACGGUAUGUACUGCAUCACAUUAAUCCCAUAAUAGGCCCUUUUUUCACUGGCAUUCUGACAUGUCACCACAGGCUCAGUUAACAAAGUCUGAAAUCCAUUCAGUUUGAUUGGUUUCAGGGCCGUCAGAUUUGACAUGCAGGCUCACUGACAAGGCUCCAGCAACUGACUUAAAUGCAACACGCCAUUUGUUAAGGCUGCUAUUAACAGCCCCUGCUUUUCCUACUGUGAAAGUCAAAAUGUCUGCGUGGACAAAGGCCCGACUGAGGUACACAGAGCUUAUUCAGGAAAGCACCUACGGUUGAGGUAAUAGUCUGCUAAUGAGCCGACUCUCCUGCAUCAGACAUGCAAAAUAUUCUGAGAGAGCAUCGUUUGCGUAUUUGCCACCAUCACGUGGAUAGGCUUGCACACAGGCUACGCUGAACGGCUGCAAAAACACCUGCAAGAAUGAAGUGUCGAAUGAGGGGCUGGCACUCGAAUGUCAGUUCACAGUUUUACUUUUUACUGAGUCUUUUGUAAUAUUUCCUGUAUUCAAACAAUAAACGUGCACAUCCCAGUC